AUGCUCUUCCAAACAGCACUAUGGAGGCUUAGCCUGCUCGCAGGCACGGCCUCCAGCCUUGGCUUCCAGCAAAGACGUGCCCCUGAUUCCGGCCUAGAAGGGCUGGCAAGCAUCAAGACGUCGCAGUUCUGGGCCCGGGACGACCCGGAUGAAGGAGACGUGGUCACAGAUGUCUCCUGCGAGCUUCCAGUAUCCGCCAGUGACAUUGCGAACUCGACGAAGUUCCGUCGUGAUGCUCCGGCUGUGCUGUACACGCGGGCCAGCGAACCUCAGCCCCUGCCCAAGCCAGACAGCGACAGCGCGGAUGACAUGCUCAAGUUCAUCCAGGACAUCGAGAGCUCCGUUGGCGACACGGACGACAACGCCAUCCAGUUCACGCCGACGGACGACCAGUUGCGGACAUGGAAGAUCGACUGGCAGGGGCGACAGACCCCUAUCGGACUCACGGGCCUGUAUUACGAGUUUGGGAAUACGCCCCAGAAUUACAAGUUUCGAGGUCAGCUGACGGGCUGCACCGCCAUGAUUGUUGCUUCGAAAAAGGGGUUCUGGGCUGUUCACCUAUGGGAAGGAUCCAAAACCGUCAACGGAGGGAGCUCCUUUACGAAAAGGAUAAGCAACAGCGAAGUGCGAGAGCGGACGGACCCCGAGUUCAAGAAGCUAGCCGUCGACCCCCUGACCGCGGCCACGCCGUCGCGGCAGAAGGCCUACAGAACGCUCUUCAAGAGCCUCCCCGACCUCAAGGCCGACAACGGGGACCCCUUCGCAACCGGCGGGGAUGUGGACAUAUUCAUCCUGACCAAGGCCUCCGACCACUCGAACACCGCUCAGAUGUACCCCAACAAAGUAGCCGCCCUCAAAGACGCCGUCAACGGCGCCAUCCCGGGGUCCAACGCCAUCGACCCGCGAACCUACAUCGGCGCGCUCGACGACCCGACGGCGCCCGACGAUGUUCAGGGCCUGCUGACGUUCCAGUACUCGCCGUACGACCACAACAAGGCCGACGACGACUGCACGCCGAUGGCGGCCUUCCGCGUCUGGACCGAGGCCGACUCGCAGCCGGGCAUCGACAAGUCGUGGGAGGCGCUGGAGGGUCAGCAACAGGGUGGUGGUGAUGCUGGCUCGCGCAAGAGGGCUGAGCGCCCCGUCCAGCACGAGUACGACUUCUGCCUCCAGCACGACUACGACGUCUGCCGCUACGCCCACUGGGACCUGCAACAGCAAGUGCAACUGCAAUGA